AUGGGCAGUUCUGCUUUGUCAUGGGCAUUUGUCGCCUUGUUGAUUACCUAUUUGUGCACUCCCGUCCUCUCGACCGUACACGCGCUCUACGCAUCCAACUUCCACAACGUCUCCGAGCUGUAUACACUGCAAUUUGAUGAUGAGACGCUGGGAUUCAAUGUGGUUGAUUCCACCCUAGCCGAUGGCCCCAUGGUCUGGUUGGAUUUCGACCACACGAGAACCCUUUUGUACGGCGUCUCACUUGAAAGCUCGAACAUAUCCAGCUACAGUGUCCUGUCCAAUGGUAGCCUCAGCAUGGCCCAGGUACUGGACAACUCUGGCAGCUGCCUCUACGGCACGGGUUCCAACGCCUUUGUCCUCGCCAGCCGUCAGGCCCCGUACUUCGUCUACCACGGAACGUGGCCAGGCGACGACGGAGCUUGCGGCGUGGUGCACGCUGUGAACGAGAGUACGGGCUUCCUUGAACCACCGGCCUUCCAGAGCUGGAACUUGACCGCCGCGUCCGGGGUGCACGGCUUGGCAUGGGGGAACGCGACCGACGGGACGCAGCUCUUGUACCUAGCUGAUCUGACGGGCGACAUGAUCUGGACUAACGCGGUGGACAGCGGUGCGGGCGGCAUUACGGUACUGGGCAACAUGAGCGUCGAGUCGGGUUGGGCGCCAAGGCAUAUCGCCGUGCACCCUUCGUCCAGAUACCUCUACGCGACAAUGCAAACACCGAGCCUGCUGGUGUCGUACAAGCUGGACGAGGACACGGGCUUGGUUGGGGAGGAGGUGUUCCGAUCGUCACUAAUCCCCGAGUCCAACUCGUCAACCUGGUGGGCAGCUGACCUAGCAGUCUCCGCCAGCGGGCGGUACCUCUGGGCAUCUGCGCGCUCCAAGUCGACGGAAUACCCAGGUUAUAUCUCGGCAUACAUCCUGGCCGACGACGGGGCCAUUAUCGAGCAGAUGUUCCAGGUGCCCACGUCUACCAACGGCGCCGAGGGGAACGUUGUCGCGCCGGCUCCGUGGUCAGACGAGUAUAUGGCGGCGACAUACUAUCAAUCGCAUGUCGUCACGAUCUGGAAGAUGGCACAGCCGACGACAAACUCGUCCGAUGGCUUAACACGAUAUCAGACUGCUGCUGAAGUGGUCCAAGUUGGGCCGGCCAGCGGAAAUGUUACUGGUGGUUGCUGUGGUGCCCUGUUGUGGUCGGACUGA